CUGUUCUUCCUUCGCGUUGCCUUCGUUUAGGGCAAACAAGCUUCCUUUUUAGGGCAAAAACAGGGCAUAUUGGGAUGGUCUCAAACUUCUCGCGGAGGUCUGCCGCUGCGAUUCCAGCCAAGAAUCAGGCAUUCUCAAGCCCUGGAUCCUUGAGGAAGGUAUAUCGACCAAAGAUCCAGGUCGCAGCGAGCUCCAGCCCUUCGCGCGACGAUCCACAGGCUCCAGCUCGAUCGAAAUCGAGCGUUUUCAAGGGAGUGAUCGAUCUUUCCGGUGGCGGCAGUAGCGGCUCCCGUGCGGUGGCGAAGAAGGAAUGCGUAGCAUCGCCAUCGAAAUCCAUCGCUACCGAUCAACAGCUCCAAAGCUUGGGGAAGAAUUUAGUGAGGAUCCUUCGACACCAAGCGGUGGAAAUGGGAUUGAAAAUCCGGAGUGAUGGCUACUGCCGGAUGAAUGAUCUUCUCAAGCUGCAACCGAUGAGAGGUCACUCCAUACAGGACGUCUUGAAGGUUGUGGAGACGGAUCUAAAGACCAGAUUUUCCACUACUGUCGAGAACGGGAUUCUCUUCAUCAGAGCUAACCAGGGGCAUUCCAUGAAGGCUGUAGUCACGGAGAAACUCCUCGAAGAGAUCGAGUCUGCUGAUCAAGUUCCAGUGUGUGUUCAUGGGACGUUCAAGAAAAAUCUCGCGAGCAUUCGGCGAACAGGGCUGUGUGUCAUGGGCAGAAACCAUGUCCACUUUGCGACUGGUUUGCCCCGGGACGAUGGCGUCGUUAGUGGAAUGAGGAAAACUUGCGAUGCUCUCAUCUUCCUCGACGUGGAAAAAGCUCUCGAUGAUGGCAUGGAGCUUUUCAUCUCGGAAAACCGUGUGGUGCUGACAGAGGGAUUUGGGGGCGUUGUUCCUCCUCGCUACUUCUCCCGGAUCAUCGAGUGGCCGAGCAAACGAGUUUUGUAGAUCUUCUCGCGAGAAAGCGGAUCUUUGCAUUCAACCAUGAACCAAGAGUGUUACAAGCCAA